AUGACGACAGCCCAUCGUCCCACGUUUGAUCCUGCAGUUGGGAAGGAAACCCAGCGCGGUCCAGCCUAUCAUCAACGUCUUCUCCCAGCACAUACGGCUCUAAAAGUCCGAAAACCUGGACAGGGUGGUACUGCAGAUGGAAAACGCGACCUCCGAGCCGAAUUACUCAAAGCCGAGGCAGCACAUUACGCCAAACUUCGCGGCGAAACUACAAGUUCACGGGCCGACGGCGACGACGAUCUUACAAGUGUGGUAACAGGGAGUACACGGAAGGGACGAAUAGAUAACGAUGAAGACGAGGACGAAGAAACACCUGAAGCGAAGAGACGGAGGAUAUUAGAAGAGUCACGCGAUUUGGAUGCCGACAGCGAUGGAUCGGAUAAAGAUUCGAAUAAAGACAGCGACGACGGUUCGGAUUCAGGUUCGGAUGAUUCAGACGAAGACAGUGAAGAUGAAACAGCGGAAUUAAUGCGAGAACUUGAGAAAAUAAAGAAGGAAAGGGCAGCUGCAAAGGAGAAAGAGGAAAAGGAAAAGGCGGAAGAGGAGGAGGCACAGAGGGAGAUAGAUAUUGCAAGGGGGAAUCCGUUAUUAAAUGCGAAAGCAUUCAAUGUGAAGAGGCGGUGGGACGACGACGUGAUUUUUCGGAACCAGGCUAGAGGGGUGGAAGAGAAGGGGAAGAAGAAGGAAUUUGUAAAUGACCUUCUGAGGUCGGACUUUCAUAAGAAGUUCAUGGUGAGUUUCUCUUUCCCUCCAUUCAUUGAGUUCUUGAUUUAUCGCAUUUAA